AUGACCUCUUCUGCAUCUUCGAGCGAGGUGAAGUAUCUGAUCGAAUCAUCUGAAGGAAAUACUUUUGAUGUCAGUGGAGCUGCUCUUCGCCAAUCGAAUACUUUUAAUGCGAUGUUCUUGAAUAUUGGGGCAGAUGGACCGAUACCAUUCACCGACUACAAUGAAGCGACUUUGAAAAAAGUCUUCGAAUUCUGUGAGCAUUAUAAGAACGAGGAAAAUUACGCGGGACCAAAACAUCAAGAUGAUCUGUCCAAAUGGGAUCUGAGUUUCUUCAAUGAAAUGGACCAGAAAAUGUUCAUCGAUGUUAUAAAUGCAUCCAAUUUUCUGGAUAUCGAGCGACUUACGAGUUAUUGUUGUGAACGAAUUGCUCGGAUGUUGAGAGGAAAAAACACACAGGAAAUGAUAAAAGUGAUCACUUUGCCAACAGCUGAAGAACUAGAAGCUAAACAAAAAGUCGAAGAGAAGAAAGCUGCUGCAGCCAGGAAAGUUGCCGAAAAAGCAGCUGAAACUGCUGAAACUGCUGAAAAGACUGAAACGCUGGAAGAGCUGCCCGUGCAGCAGCUCGUGCAAACAACAAGAAAUAAACUGACACGAAAAUAUGUAUCUUUUAGCAAUGAAUAA